AUGUUCAAAUUCCUUCGAGUGAGCAAGCACGGCAUCCUAGGUGUCAGCUACCACAUCUUUCGUGUCGCGGAGUUCAUAACCCUGAUUGCCAUCAUCGGUCUGACAGCUUCAUUUGUCUCGUCCUUGGUCGAUGCGGAUGUCACGCCUCCAUCUAUCCUUGUUGCUAUUUUGGCCCUCGUUUCUCUCACCGAAGUAUACAUAAUAAUCACUUCAAUCCUCUUCUACGACCACAAAAUGCCCUUCAUAUGGGCUCUAUGUACCGACUCGCUCAUCCUAGCUGGUCUCAUCGUCAUUGCCGUUGAAGCUGGAAAACCGCUCUCAUACCUACGCUGUUCGGAUAUUGGCUCUUCUAAUAGUGCGUUCAUGUUUGAGUCUACACUGUCAAACCUGGCUGGUGUUCUGAGUGCUGGUUCGGUGUUUUCGAAGUUUAUUGCAUCGGCGAGACAUGUUUGUAUUGAGAUGAAGGCUAUUUGGGGUUUGAUUAUUGCUAAUUGUAUCUUCUUUGCUUUUACCGUUCUCACCGGCAUGAUUCUUUCCUUGAUGGACAGACGUGCCAAGAGGGUGAAGAAUAACAACGACUUCUAA